AUGGGUGCUGUGGUUUUGAAGUGGGAGUUAAAACCUUUCCUGUUAUUAAUAUUGGUGGGUUGUGCGAUUGAUGAAAUUGUGCUCAUCAGCUCAUUGCUUCAGAAAUUUAAAGAUAUUGUUGAUGCUUGUGCCAAAGAAACAAUCAAAGCUAUCAUUGAAGACUUGGAUGGGGAUUUUUUCGAGAUACUAGUUGAUGAAUCGAAGGAUAUAUCACACAAGGAGCACACUUGUUUUGAGAUAUCUCAAUCAUUGAAGAAGGAAAUUAACUCGUUUCUUUCGUAUCACUCAUUAAGUCCAUCUCAAAUACGUGGGCAAGGUUAUGAUGGAGCUAGUAACAUGCAAGGAGAGCUACGUGGUCUUAAAAUUUUGAUUCUGAAUGAAACUCCAUCGGCGUAUUGCAUUCAUUGUUUUGCUCACCAAUUGCAGUUAACACUUGUGGCUCUUGCAAAGAAGCAUUCAGAUGAGUUGCUCACAUCAGGUGAAGUGCAUACUGAACGAGGACUAAAUCAAGAACGUGGGCUUCAACGACCAGGUGAUACUCGUUGGGGUUCUCAUUAUAGAACGUUAGAUAACCUCAUUGUCCUAUUUUCAUCAAUUAUUCAUGUUCUUGAAUUUGUUGCUCGUGAGGGUCCAAAUUAUGCUGAUAGACUUGUUGCUGAAAGUCUUAUGACUAAGAUUAAGGAAUUUGAAUUUGUUUUUAUGUUGCACUUGACGUGGAAAGUUCUAAUGAUGACAAAUGAUUUGAGCUCCUCAUUACAAAGGAUGGAUCAAGAUAUUGUCAAUGCUAUGGGACUCCUCACUCAUACAAAGCAAAGAUUACAAAGGAUGAGGAAUAGUGAAUUUCAAUCAUUAAUGGAUGAUGUCUCUUCAUUCUGUGAUAAACAUGAGAUAAUGAUCCCGAAGAUGGAUGCUCUCUAUUUUCCUGGGAAGUCAAAGCGUAGAUCUCUUGAUGUUACAUACUCUCAUCACUUGCACGUUGAGAUAUUUAAUGGUGUUAUUGAUUUGCAUCUUCAAGAGCUUAGAAGUCGUUUUGAUGCCGUGAGUACCGACUUACUUCUCGGUAUGGCUAGUUUAAAUCCACUUAAUUCAUUUGGUAAUUUUGAUAAGAACAGGAUAAUGAAGUUGGCUGAAUAUUAUCCGAAUGAGUUUGAUAGCAACAAGCUCCAGGAUCUUAGUUUCCAGCUUGAUAGUUUUAUAGUUUAUGCUCGUGGUCAUGACAAGAGGUUCUUCAACAUGAAGGGAAUUAGUGACCUUUCUAAAGUGUUGGUUAAGUCAGACCUGCAUCAAACUUGGCCACUAGUGUAUUUACUUAUCAAGUUAGCUCUCAUUCUUCCUGUUGCUACCGCUUCUGUGGAACGUGCUUUCNUGAUGGGAAAACAUCUGUAUUGUAAUUGUCACACCCCAAGUCUGGAUGGGGCGGGACUAUGCUCUAUAUGCAACUACUAUAUACAUGUAACAGAUUACAUGCCAUAA